AGCAGACUACCAACGCUCGUGAGUUGAGUUGCGAUAAAUAAAAUAAUAAUUAAAAUAAUAAUAGAGAUGUUUGGUUUAAGCUCGAGUCCCGUGUCAGCUUAACUGUAGUUUACUGUAGUGUACUACUCCCAUCGCAUCAAUGGGGGCCUAUUACUGCCACAUAUGUAGGCAGACAACGUUCACCGGGAAGGGACAUAUCUUCGGAAAAAGUCAUCAAAGCAGACUCAGAGUGGUUCUUCUCAAAUUCUUGGAAAAGGUGAAGGAAGCUCGUCGAACACUUAAAAAGCCCCAAGUAGAAAAGUUUGACUGCACACAGCCCAAGCAGACAUUCUGGUGCUGCUGCUGUGGGCUCGAAGUUAAUAGAAACGUUACAGAUGGCAACAUGACUGUGCUGUACGGAGGGUUGUUGGAACACAUGGCCACCCCAGAACACAGGAAAAAUACACACAAGUUUUGGUGGGACAACAAAGCCGACCCCAAGCUUAGAGACAAGGUCAUCGUCACAGAGGAGGAAACUGAGAGGUUUAAAUCUGAGCUGGCAAAUGUGUUGGAAUCCUUUGUGGAGAAGGAGGAUGAAUUCAUUAAACAGCAAGCUGAUUAUAUCCGGACCCAGGAGAAGCAUCGUCAAGAGGUCCUUCAGUCUCUUUUAGAGCGUGACGCAGAGCCGGAGUUGUACAAUGGACCCAACGGCACAGACAUGUCUGCAGAGGAUUCUGUCAGCUCUCAGUUUCCAUCUCAGGGAUCAGACCAGCAGCCAGGUAGCAGCUUUGUGGACUCAGUGGUGGAAUCACCGUGGGCUGCAACAGGACAAGGCCUGACUUUUAUCGGCUAUCAGGAUUCAUCAAACAGUGGAAAUGUCCAUACAGGUGCCAUCCCUCCUUGGCUCCAGGACGAUCCUCUGGAGGGGACCUCAAAUUCUACAGCAAAUGUAGAGAUUGGCCCAUCGCUUCAAGAGUUCCUCAAACAGAAGGAGCAAGAGAAGCUGAGGAAGCUUCCACCGAACAGAGUCGGAGCCAACUUUGAUCACAGCUCACACACAGACGCCAACUGGCUUCCCUCUUUUGGUAGAGUGUGGAACAGCGGCCGACGCUGGCAGUCCAGGCAUCAAUUCAGACAAGAGGAAGGGCAGAAGAACAGACAAAAGAGGAAGAGGGAGCACAACACAGACGGGUCAAAGAAAGCAAAAACGACUGAAAAGCCGACAAAUUCUGACACUUAAAACUGAGUAUGCUGUAUGAGAAUUUACGAGUGAAAGGAUGUAUAGAGUUUGUAAGAUGUGAAUGAGGUUAUAUGCGGUUUUUUUUUUAGGAGUUGUACUUGGUUGAAAUGCUCAGGCUGACUAGACAGCCUCCUGUAUUUCCAAACUUACCUUCUUUAAAACAUAACUGGGAAAGUCUGCAUUAAAGAUAUUAACUUGGUAUAUUAAGCAGAGCUUAGGGGAGGUUUUUAUGUUAGAACAUUACCUUUGAUAAUUGCACUUUUUUAAAUAUAACAACUGCAUUGUACACUCAACACCACCCUGCUGCACAUUCAAAAGAUUAAACCAAAUUGGUCACUGA